AUGACGGAAAUCACUACCGCGAAUGCGGACGGUCUAAACGAACUUCGGAAUCGUCAUGGCGCGCGACAGGUUGAGAUUGUGGGCCCAGAUGGGCAACACAGAAAGAUCGCUGUUGCCGAUCUGACUGAAGCCGACAAUGAUCUCGCUGUCAAGUUUGGUUAUAACCCGGUGUUCAAGCGUGAGUUUGGAUAUUUGGCUACAUUCUCAUUUGCAGUCAGUAUCAGUGGUGUGUUCGCAACCAUCAUGACCACCAUGUCCUACCCGUUGGAAGCGGGUGGGAGCAGUGCGGUUGUGUGGUGUUGGGCCAUUUCUGGUGCUGGCUGUAUGUGUAUUGCGUGCUCUGUGGCUGAGUUGGUUUCUGCUUACCCAACGGCCGGUGGAUUAUACUUCACUAUCUCUCGUAUGGCGCCCUCAAAAUGGGUCCCCUCCAUCAGCUGGGUGACCGGUUGGCUCAAUCUCAUUGGUCAGGUUGCUGGUGUGGCUUCCUCUGAAUAUGGCGCCGCGCAGAUGCUUCUUGCUGCAGUGUCUAUGAGCCGUAACUUCAACUAUACCAUUACUACUGACACCACCGUUGGUGUGAUGGCUGCUUUGACCGUCGCCACUGGUGUGGUUAACUCCUUGUCGACCUACUGGAUGGAGAAAAUGACCAAGUUCUACGUCAUCUUCCAUAUUGCUGUACUUGUGGCAUGCGCCAUUGCCCUGUUGGUUCUGACAAAGGAUAAGCACGACGCAAACUAUGUUUUCACUCACGUUGAAUCGAGCACUGGCUGGACACCCAUUGGCUUCAGCUGGCUGUUUGGCUUCUUGUCUGUUAGCUGGACCAUGACUGAUUACGAUGCAACUGCUCACAUUACCGAGGAGAUGAGCGAACCUGAGAAGAAGGCACCCUGGGCUAUCUCCAUGGCUAUGCUCUUCACCUACGUCAUCGGAUUCCUGUUUAACAUCGUCCUCUGCUUCUGCAUGGGUGAUCCGACUGAAAUUCUCAACUCCCCGAUGGAGCAGCCCGUGGCACAGAUCUUCUACAAUGCUCUUGGUAAGGGCGGCGGUAUGUUCUUCACCAUUGCCGCUCUCAUCGUCAUCAAGUUUGUUACCUUCACUGCUAUGCAGUCCCUUGGACGUACUGUUUUUGCCUUCUCCCGUGAUCGCAUGCUGCCUUUCUCCAACGUUUGGACCAAGGUCACUCCCUGGACCGGUACCCCCUUGUAUGCUGUUUGGAUUUCUGUCUUCUUCUGCAUUGCGAUCAACUUGAUUGCAUUGGGAUCUUACAUUGCCAUCAGCGGUAUCUUCACCCUCUGUGCUAUUGCCUUGGAUUGGAGUUACUGCAUUCCUAUUCUCUGCAAGCUGAUGUUUGGUAACUUUGAGCCCGGUCCCUGGCACAUGGGAGCUUUGAGCCCUUGGGUGAACGCAUGGGCCUGCCUAUGGACUCUCUUCGUCAGCGUCAUUUUUGUCUUGCCUACCGAUAUGCCUGCCUUGGCCGCGAACAUGAACUACGCCUGUGUCUACUUGGCCGCCGUUCUGCUCUUUGCCCUGGUGUAUUGGUUCAUCCGCGGAAAGGCCGUUUACACUGGCCCAGUCACCGAGGCUAUUGCCGAUGAUAUGUCUGAAGAGGAAGUUGUUCUGGAAGACAAGAAGAAGGACCACGGUCCCUCUGUCUAA